AUUUACACGACAUUACUCGAUUCCAUAAGACAGUGAGAGCAAUCACACUUACAACCACCACCUCACUCAAGCUCUCUCUUUCUCUCUCUAUGUUGGUGAUGAAUAAUUGCACAUGUUUGGUAUAGAUCGAGGUCGAACAUGGCGAACUAUCUUGCUCAGUUCCAGACGAUCAAAAAUUCCCUUGAUCAUCUCGUGAUUGCAGUUGAAGAUGUGAGCGACUUGUGGCCUACUGUCAAGAAUGGAUUUGAGGAGCACUUGCCAUUUAAAAGAGCUUGCUUAAAUAACAAGACCCGUAAUCCUGUGUUUGUGGAGAAUUUUCCUGCAGAGUUCAUAUUAACCACAGAUUCGAGACUUCGUAGCCGGUUCCCUCAAGAGCAAUCAUUAUUUUGGUUUCGGGAGCCAUAUGCAACUGCAGUCCUUGUCACUUGUGAGGAUCUUGAUGAGUUCAAGACCAUCCUUAAACCGCGCCUGAAGUUAAUUGUGCAAAAUGAUGAACGGGAAUGGUUUAUUGUUUAUGUAUCCAAGGCUCACCCGAAUAAUGAUCAAGCCACCAAAAUGGCAAAUAAAGUAUAUGCCAAGCUUGAAGUUGAUUUCAGUUCCAAGAAGAGAGAAAGGUGUUGCAAGUUCGAUCUAUAUUCCCCUGAAGCAAACUUUUGGGAGGACUUGGAAUCCAAGAUCAUGGAGUGCAUCAGAAAUACAUUGGAUAGGCGUGUACAGUUUUACGAGGAUGAGAUACGCAAACUCAGUGAACAACGCUUCAUGCCAGUUUGGAACUUCUGCAAUUUUUUCAUUUUGAAGGAAAGCUUGGCUUUUAUGUUUGAGAUGGCUCAUCUUCAUGAAGAUGCAUUACGUGAAUAUGAUGAACUAGAAAUUUGUUAUUUGGAAACAGUUGAAAUGACUGGAAAGAGGAAAGACUUUGGGGGAGUUGACCAUGGGGAUGAUCAGGCAGCAUUGAUUAAUUCUGGAAACAAACCAUUGACACAAAUCAUUCAAGAUGACUCAUUUAGGGAAUUUGAAUUCAGACAGUAUCUGUUUGCCUGUCAAUCAAAGCUUUUAUUCAAGCUCAAUCGCCCAUUUGAAGUUGCAGCCAGGGGAUACUCAUUCAUUAUAAGCUUCUCAAAGUCUCUGGCAGUAUAUGAGAAUAUUCUACCUUUUUGCAUGCGUGAAGUUUGGGUAAUAACAGCUUGCAUAUCCGUAGUCGAUGCAACUGCUUCACAUUAUAAGGAAGGACUUGCAGCACCUGAUAUAGAAAAGGAGUUCUACCGCCUUCAAGGCGACCUUUAUUCACUAUGCAGGGUUAAGUUCAUGAGGCUUGCAUAUUUAAUUGGAUAUGGAACAAAUAUAGAAAGGAGUCCUGGCAACAGUGCUUCACUCAGCAUGCUGCCUUGGCCCAAGCCAGUGGUUUGGCCCUCAGUACCACCUGAUGCUUCCUCUGAGGUGCUGGCAAAAGAAAAGAUUAUUCUCCAGGCAACUCCAUCAAUCAAGCACUUUGGUAUUCAGAGAAAACCAUUGCCUCUCGAACCUUCCCUACUACUACGUGAGGCUAAUAGGAGGAGGGCUUCCCUUUCUGCUGGAAAUAUGGUUGAAAUGUUUGAUGGUCGCCAAAAUUUUAGUGAUGGUUCAGGUUCGGAUGCAUCAUUAAAGAUGCCCUCAUUACAAAAAGUACAAGCAAGUGUUAUGUCACGCACCAACUCUUCACCAGGAAUUUCCGAGAGCUCAAUUGAUAAGCCCAUGAGACUUGCUGAAAUUUAUGUUGCUGCUGAAAAUGCUCUGCACAACACAGUUUCUAAUCCUGAUCUAUGGAAGUCUUUGUCAUCUACAGAGGAGUUUGAGCAAAAAUAUCUGGAGCUAACUAAAGGUGCUGCUGACAAUUAUCAUCGAUCCUGGUGGAAAAGGCAUGGAGUUGUUCUUGAUGGGGAAAUAGCAGCCGUCUGUUUUAAGCAUGGAAACUUUGAUCUGGCUGCAAAGUCAUAUGAAAAGGUUUGUGCACUUUACGCAGGUGAAGGAUGGCAGGAUUUAUUGGCAGAAGUUCUACCCAAUUUAGCAGAGUGUCAGAAAAUACUCAAUGAUCAAGCUGGCUAUCUUUCAUCUUGCGUGAGACUGCUUUCUUUAGAUAAAGGCUUGUUUUUUACCAAGGAACGCCAGGCUUUUCAGUCAGAGGUUGUUCGUCUUGCACAUGGUGAAAUGGAGCAACCUGUGCCACUAGAUGUGUCAUCAUUAAUUACAUUUUCUGGUAAUCCUGGGCCUCCAUUAGAAUUAUGCGAUGGGGAUCCUGGUACUCUAUCUGUAACAUUCUGGAGUGGCUUUCCUGAUGAUAUAACUCUUGAUUCACUAAGUCUCACAUUGAAUGCAUUAUUUAAUACUGAUGAGGUUGCUAAGGCAUUAGUGAGCUCUACUGCAAUUGUAUUAAAGCCCGGUCGGAAUACCAUUACCCUGGAUUUACCCCCCCAAAAACCAGGUUCAUAUGUUUUGGGGGUUCUUACUGGGCAAAUUGGGCAGUUAAGAUUCAGAUCUCAUAGCUUUUCCAAGGGUGGCCCUGAAGACAGUGAGGAUUUUAUGAGUUAUGAAAAGCCUCCUAGACCUAUCUUGAAGGUUUUCAAACCAAGACCUCUGGUUGAUCUUGUUGCAGCUGUUUCAUCUGCUUUGCUUAUAAAUGAACCUCAGUGGGUUGGGAUUAUUGCAAGGCCCAUUAACUACUCCCUCAAAGGUGCUGUCUUGUAUGUUGAUACUGGACCUGGUCUUAAAAUUGAAGACUCAAAUUUCAUUGAGAUGGAAAGUUAUGCUGAUACAUCAAAGAGUUCAGUGGGCGUGGCAGACUGUAAUGGUACUCCAAAAGAUGGUUCUUUGGCUGUUGAUAAAAUAUUUGAGAAGUUGACUUUCUGUGAUGAUAGAGUAGAGUUUCCACAUUGGGCAAGCAACUUGACAUCUAUUUUAUGGAUUCCACUUCGUGCUAACAGCGAAAACCUUGCAAGAGGAUCAUCUUUAGUGGCUCCCCAGAGACAGAGCAUUGUGGAUGGAAUGAGGACGAUAGCACUCAAACUUGAAUUUGGAGCAUCUCACAAUCAGAUAUUUGAGAGGACCCUCGCUGUGCAUUUUACUGAUCCUUUUCAUGUGAGCACACGAGUUGCAGAUAAAUGCAAUGAUGGUACUUUGCUUCUGCAGGUAAUACUACACUCUGAAGUGAAAGCCACAUUGACCAUCUAUGAUGCUUGGCUUGAUCUUCAAGAUGGAUUUGUUAAUACUGGACAAGGUGAUGGGAGACCAACUUCAGGCUACUUUCCACUUACUAACCAAUGCGUCUUUUGUUGUAUUUUUCUUGCAGAUGAACCUAAGGCUCUGCAAUCAGAUAGUAUACUGAAUAUUAGAUAUGGAAUUUCUGGUGAUAGAACCAUUGGAGCGCACCCACCUGUGGCUGCAGAAUCUUCUGGGUCUGAGGAUGAUAUACAGGACUUAAUUUUCAGGUGUGCUCUUGCUUUGCAAAGGCCUGUGCUUGAUCCGGUCCUGGCUGUUGGUUUUCUUCCUCUCCCUUCUAGUGGGCUUAGGGUUGGCCAGCUAGUUACCAUGAAAUGGAGGGUUGAAAGAUUAAAGGAUUUUGAGGAGAAUGAAGUAUCCCCUAACAAUGAUGAGGUGUUAUAUGAAGUCAGUGCAAAUACUGAGAAUUGGAUGAUUGCUGGGAGGAAAAGAGGGCAUGUUUCUCUCUCUGCAAAGCAAGGUUCAAGGAUAGAAAUCUCAAUAUUAUGUGUGCCUCUAGUGGCGGGUUACGUUCGUCCCCCUCAACUUGGUCUGCCAGAUGUUGAUGAAUCGAAUAUAAGUUGCAGUCCGGCUGGGCCUCAUCUGGUUUGUGUCUUGCCUCCGAUUCUGAGCUCCUCUUUUUGCAUUCCAGCAUGAUUGCUCCGAGCCCAGUUUCUUCACCUGGAUGCAAGUUGUCACAGGUCAUUAGACUUUCCACUCUAUAUGCUUCUGAUACAGUUAUAGAGAUAACAUUUAGGUUUCCCUUUUUGAUAUCCUGGGAAUUUGUAAAUCUGUAUCUUUCUUUUAUCAUAGUUAAAAAAUCAGCGUAGUUGAGAUUAGUUUGCGUUGGUAGGUUUUCCGAGUAUUCACUGUGUCGUAUGUUAUUUGACAUCCUGCCUUGUGUACAGCGGAAUUUGUAUUUUUCUUGUACAAUUCAGCCUAGAGAUCCACAAAGGACAUCCAUUUUUUUGUUCCUUGGUGUAAAAUUCAUUGUUUUGAACUUUUGAUAGAAUAUUGAAUUCAGAAGUGUACUGGUUAUAUUGGUAAAGUUGUCUGGUUUCUUCGAGU